CUGAGCUGCCAGAGUCUUUCUGCCUGCGUCAUUUCACGCCGGGAUUUGUCGUACAAGGUCGUCAAGUGCAGAAUAAGGCACAGACAGAGUAUUCUUGUAACUCCAUAAGAACCUACUUCAUCUGUCAUGGCCAGGGGCAGUCGUAGUAGACCUUCUGCUUCUCAUAGCCACUCUGCUCCUUCUGCACCCACUGUUCAGCCAGCUCAUGCACCUCCAUCUGCUGUGGCUGCGGCCUCCUCUCAGCCAAAGCAGCCAGGCCUCAUGGCGCAGAUGGCCACCACGGCAGCAGGUGUGGCCGUAGGAUCAGCAGUGGGCCAUGUUGUUGGUGGUGCUCUGACUGGAGCCUUCAGUGGCAGUAGUACCUCAGAGCCAGUGAAAUCAGGGGCACCACAGGAUGUGCCCAGGCAGUCUGGUUAUCAGCAGCCCCCAAACCCUUGCCACUUUGAGGUAAAACAGUUCUUGGAUUGUGCCACCAACCAGAAUGACCUUUAUCUCUGCGAGGGAUUCAGUGAAGCACUUAAGCAAUGCAAAUACACCCAUGGUAAACCUUUAACUUCUACAAAAGUGUCUUUUAUUCGCCUCUAAUCUCUGGUAAAGAGGCUAAGCAUUAAUUUGUUCUUGUUGCAGUUUUGUAGUUAUUAAAAAAAACUUUCUUUUGUAACCUAUAUGGUAUGCUACAUAAUGAAAUAUAAGAUGAUGUAACUUUUGUAUUAACUGGUCAGCUGAAGUACUCCUUGUAUAUGGUAUAUUUUAAAGUGGAAAGAAUUCUGUUGUUGAAUUUCAAAGCCAUUCUUAGUUGUCCAGUAUUUCAUUUUGAGGAUUAAAAAGCUCAGAUUUUUCUCUGUUAUAGUUAAUAUGCCAGAUGUGAUUGUCUCUUCAAUAAAGAGUUUUUUUUUAAAUUAAUAUGACAUUAAGUCAUUUGAAUCCUAAAUAUAAAAAUGAAGUAGCAAAGCACACAAUAUUUGACAUACCAUUCUGGAAGCUUUGUGAAAGGAAACGGUUAUGGAAAUCUUACUAAUGUUCGCACUAGGAUGCCUUGUCUGCAGUAUUAUUUACCUUUCUCCUGACUACUCACUUUUGUUAACCCCUCAUUGUUUGUCUCUGCAGGUUUGCCAUCUGUCAUAUGAUGUGAGAUUAAAUUCAGCAAUGGUGAAAGGAAAAUGAAUGUAAUCUGGAACUGGCUUACCAUAAUGUUAGAUUUUAGCAGCAUCCAUCUUUCCUUUUUCUGGUAGUUUUAUUUCAAUUGCUCUUUGUACAGGAAGUUAUAAAUUAUGUGAACUGGAUAGUACAAGUAUUUAUUGCAUUUGUACCUUUUAUGUGUGUUUACAUUAACUUCUGGCUUUUAGAAAAUUAUAAUUUAAACAAAUCUGCC